AUGGCUUCUCAACCCACCCACCUGGAGCCCUCCAAGCUCGGAACAAAAGAAUAUUGGUCCUCUCUUUACACGACCGAACUCACAAACCACGCCUCCGACCCGACCGACCGCGGCACCGUUUGGUUCGACGACUCCGAUGCCGAGUCCAAGCUCCUCACCUACCUCGAGGACCUGACCGAGUCCGCCGCCUUCGACCACUCCCUCCGCCAGCCCGACGCCACAUUCCUUGACCUCGGCUGCGGCAACGGCUCCCUCCUCUUCGCCCUCCGCGACGAGGGCUGGCACGGCCGAGCCCUCGGCGUCGACUACGCGCCCCAAAGUGUCGAGCUCGCCCGCCGCAUCGCCCGCCAGCGCGCCGAGGCCCCCAAGGAGGGGGAGGAUGAGGACAUGGCCGACGGCGACGAAGAGGAGGUGGACGUCAAGGAGCCCGAGUUCAACGAGUGGGAUCUGCUCAACGGGCCGUGGGAGACCGUCCUGAACGGCAGCCAGCAGGAGGGCUGGGAUGUUGUGCUCGACAAGGGAACCUUCGAUGCCAUCUGCUUGAGCGACGAGAAGGAUGCGCAGGGCCGGAGGAUCUGCGAGGGUUACAGGGGUCGCGUCUUGCGUCUUGUGAAGCCCGGUGGCCUGUUGCUCAUCACGAGCUGCAACUGGACCGAGGAGGAGCUCAAGGCGUGGUUCGAAGGCCCCGCGAGAGAGGGCGACGUCGGAAGGUUUGUUGCCGUCGGCAAGGUCGAUUAUCCCAGCUUCACCUUUGGCGGCGCCAAGGGCCAGACGAUUAGCAGUUUGUGCUUCCAGAGACAUGCCUAG